ACAGGUGCUGGAUAUUCUUUUGCGCAGCGCCAGUAUAUCACAGCCAUUUAAGAGCAGAAUAUUUUCCAGCCCAGUUUAUUUCCAGUAUCACCACUUGCUUAUUUGCAAGAACUGUUUGUUUAAGCACGUGAUUCAGGAACAACUGGAGGGGCCUUCUUGUAUUGCAACGUUUGCCAUCAAAUUGCACGAUACCUCACCCAUCACCUGCGCCCGGCGGCUGUCAAUCACUCACUCCCAACAGCUGAGCCCAUCUGCGAGACAGCGAGGCUUUUUUUUUGUAUGUGGGGAUUCGCAAUGUGGCCGUUAAGAUUUUAAAAUCAGUUUCUGAUAUCCUAACCGGUGCAUCGUUUUGUGCAACAGUUUUCCCUAUUCCCAAUUCUGAUGGCGGGGGCAGGAAGAGAUUCACAACGGCACCGGCCUCUGGUUGGCGAUCGGAACGAGCAGGCCGGCCAACGCCGGGAGGUCGAUUUCUCCGUGGCCGCCGUGCUGCCUGCAAGCGGUUGCGGGGAGAGAAUGGGAUCGACAACCCCAAAGCAAUUCUGCCCACUCUUGCAGAGGCCGCUCAUCAGCCUCACACUGGAAGCCUUUGAGAGCGUUCAUUGGAUAAAAGAAGUUGUGGUCGUGGUGUCCCAACAGAACUUUGAAUUGAUGAAUUCUGUAAUAGACCGAUACAGUCACUCGCGGGCAACAGUUGUUGUAGGUGGGCUUACUCGCCAUCAGUCCAUUUUUAAUGGGCUAAAAGCAUUGGUGGAAAAUCGGUCCCAUCAGUCGCGGCUGGAGAAACCUGAAGUGGUCAUCAUCCAUGAUGCAGUGAGACCUUUUGUGGAAGAAGACAUUCUCUACAGAGUAGCCAGUGCAGCAAACGAGCAUGGGGCUGCAGGUGCAAUCAGACCACUUAUUUCCACUGUUGUUGCAACGAACCCAGAGGGAUAUCUUGACCAUUCACUGGAACGUUCCAAAUACAGGGCAAGUGAAAUGCCCCAAGCCUUCACGUUUGAUGUCAUUUACAGAGCAUAUGAGCAGUGCACAGAUUAUGAUCUUGAGCAUGGGACAGAGUGUCUUCAUUUAGCUCUGCAGUACUGUGGCAUCUCUGCAAAGCUCAUUGAUGGACCACCUGACCUGUGGAAGGUAACGUACAAGCGGGAUCUUUAUGCAGCUGAAUCAAUUAUCAAGGAAAGUCUUUCCAAGAGUGUUUGUAUCAUCGCUGGAAUGCAAGAAGGGCAAAUUCAAUUAGGCAUUUUAUUACAAGAGGACUUACAACUGGUGAUGAAGGUAGAUUUGUUGAAAUGGUCGUUGAGUAAAGAGAGCAGCUGUGUUCAGGCCAUCACCUCAAAACAACAUUAUAACUUUAUUUACAUCAAUGUCAACAGUUUCAAAAUGCAUCAAGAAAUUGUGCAGUUGAUGGAAGCAGUUGAAAAUGUUAAGCUUUCAGCUUUAUAUCCUGUGGUUGUGACUGUGGUGCACUUGAACAACAUGGAAGCUUCAUCUUUCAGCGUUUGGAUGGACGAUUUUACACAUAUCAAGCAGUUGGCAAAGGAAGCAAUAGGAAAAAAUAUUCUCAUUUACAGCCUGCUGAUUAAUUCUACCCAGAUCACAGCAAUGGAGGAAAGUCUAUCCUGGCCUGAAUCUCACAGGGAGCAAAUGAAAGGAGGGAGAAAAAUACUGGGAGCACGGACAAAAUUCACGAAUCUGUGAAGCAAGGAGCCUCAAUCAUCGAAUCAUUGAUAAAACAACGAAGCCCUGCACUCAUUGGACAGCUCCUUGUGGUAUGAAAGCAGUCAUUAACCCAAAGUCAUGGAUGUUGUGACAUCUGAAGGAACAUACUGCCCUCUGAUGAUGACAAUGUAAAGCUGCAGAUAUCCUCCGUCAAGUGUUAUCAAGAGAUGACCAGGGCCAGCUUUGAAAUAGAAUGAAAUCAGUGUGAAAAUUACAAAAAUCAACAAAACCGGAUCAACAAUUGUAAUUUUGUAUAUUGUUCUUAAAUAACCCUUAAAUAAUCGUUAUUGGUGCUCAAUCUAAGAAUCAGUUAUGAUACUGUUCAUCCUUUCCCAAUAUUUGCUUAUUUUGACGUAGGAAGCCAUUCUACCUAGAGCUCAUGCAAUCUCUCAACAUUGUUUCUCAUUAGUAAUAUGUCUUAAUCAAUAAUAACUAUAAUUAAUUAACAAUAUUAAUAUUACUGCUAUUAGUAAUAAUGUCAAUUAUUAAUUAUAAUUAAUUAACAAAACAAUAAUGAUGAAUUAUUCCCUUAUUAGUAAUAGUUUAUUAUUCCAUUGAUUUCUUGUUCAUUGUUUCUUUGCAUAUCAGUAUCAAAACAGACAAGAGUGCUUGCUCUAUAUCUGCCUGGUGAAAGAGCAAAGAAGAGCUAUGGAGAAUAUUUAGUCAAGACUGGAGAAACAAAUAAGGGAAGGAACAAGGUUUAAGAAACAGGUCAACACAGUGAGUAGAAAACAAUGGUGGAGUAGGGAGGAAUGGGGCAGAUGUUCAACGAACAAUAACAUCCAAACAAGACAGCUAUUGAUUCUCAAUUGAGAACCAAAAAUGGGCCAUUGUGAACAUGGAUCUGGAUGAUUGUUCCGAAGAAUGACAAUCUAUGUAAGAAUUAAGCUUUCUGGGAAGUCGAUUUUAGUAAUUGUGGAAAGAAACUUUCCCAAUUUUUUUGGAUUUUAUUGUAUCCUAUUUUAUUGCCUCCUUUUAAAAAAAGUUAACACAAAAUUCUUAGAUAUUCACAAGAAUUUGCUUGGAUGCGUUUAUGAGGGCAGUGUAUUUGAAGACUGGGUGGGGAAGGGGGAGGAAUUGGUGGAAGGGCGCAACAGACAGCAACAGAUAGCAACAGGAUCGAGACAGAAGAGGCAAAAUUAGGGUAAGUCUUGAAUGGUACUGGAAGAUGUAAAGACUGGAAACAGAGAAAAGUCUCGGAUUUAAAUGGGGCAGAGAUGAAGAAAAAGAUCUGGAAUCAACUUAAUUAAUAGCUCAACUCUACUUGCAAUGUCAUUUGAAUUUUAGAAACCUUUAGAGGUUUCGAUGUGGCAUAUCUUUGAUUUUUGAAUAUCCUUGCAGCAAAAAGAUCAAAGAGAAUAGCAUUAAUUAAAUCCUUAUAUUUUACAUAAUUAUAUUCUAUUACAAACUAAGUACGUACAGCAAUACCUGUUGAAUAAAAUUCCUUCUUUUUUCUAGCAUCCUUCUGCUAAUAUCUUUCAUUAAUGUCAGCUUGAAAAAUUGGCAAAGCUGAUGGUUGGAAAAAUUAAAGCUCAACACUGUUUUCCACUUAUCCCAUUAAGACUCAAAUCAAAGCUCAGCAGACCAAAGACCAAUCCAAAAUAUAUGGUCUAUGACAAUAGGAAGUUCAACUGCAGCUGAAGUGAGGCACCUGGUGGUUAUAGGUUGAACUACAGGUAUACCCAACACUCCAACCAGUUUAUGCUGCGAUCUAUGUGUAGUGGUAACAUUCCAGCCUCACAAAGGUUGCCUGUACAAUUCCAAAAAACCAUGCAGACCAUUGACCAACUAGUUAGAAGAUUGACGUCCACUGGUGAUGUCAACAUCUGUUCAGUAAAGAUGCUCAAUCCCAUGAUUUUUAGUUUAGUUCAAAGGUACAGAGCGGAAACAAGCCCUUCGGCACACCAAGUCCAUGCUGGCCAGUGAUCCCCGCACAUUUACACCAUCCUACAUGCACUAGGGACAAGUUACAAUUUUACCGAGCCAAUUAACCUCCAAACCUGGAGGUCUUUGGAAUGUGGGAGGAAACUGGAGAUCCUAGAGAAAACCCACGCAGGUCAUGGGGAGAAUGUACAAACUCCGUACAGACAGCAUCCAUAGUCAGGAUCAAACUAUGGUGUCUCUGGCACUGUAAGGCGGCAUCUCUACCACUGCUCCACCAUGCCACCCAUCUCUUUAACCCUAUCUGCAGCUCACUCUGUGCAAGACACUUCAAAUUAAAAUGAUGAGGAAGUCAAAAGGAAACUCCCUUAUCCCGUCUACCUUCAGAUCUGGCACAACACUAUGAGGACUGAGACUUGAACUAAGCACUGUGCUGUGACUGAGCAUAAUAGACCAUGGUGAUGUGAUUUGGAGAAAUGGCGGGUGAAAGAAGGUGGCCACAAGUUUUCCUCCUUAUUGAUCUAAAUAAUGUAUUUCAUUCAAUCAUCUCUGGCCUAGCAGACACGUACUCAUUACUAAUCUCAUUCUUAAUGUUUUGUGUGAAUGCAUUUGACUUUAUCCAGAGACCAUAUGGAAACACCUUGCUGAGUCCUGACGCACAAAUACGUAAUAUUCGGCCACAGGCCUCAUUUCAAGGUUUCAUUGUGAGUUUAUUGUCACAUGUACAAUUAAGGUACAGUGAAAUUCAGAUUGCCAUACAGUCAUACCAAUAAGAAGAACAAGACACCCAAAUACAUUUUUAACAAGAACAUCCACCACAGCGCCACCCCUACAUUCCUCACCGUGAUGGAAGGCAAAAAAUGUUCAGUCUUCUUCCCUCUUUGUUCUCCCGCAGUCGGGGCACUCAAACCUUCCGUUGUCGAGGUGAUCUUGGCACCCGCAGCCGCCGGUCAGGGCAAUCAAGCUCACGCAUUGUGGGGGGAUCUCAGUUCCCCGCGCCGGCCGAUCGGACUAGCUAGUCGGGGCUUGUCGAACCUCCUGCGGCUUGGAGCUUCUUAACAUCAGUCUCUACCCGAGACUGCGAACUCCUCGAUGUUGAAAUCAGCAGGCUGCGGUUGGAGCGUCUAUCUCAGGCUCCGAUGGUAAAUCCACGGCCCCGUGGUGGGGCUCAAUGUCAGUCUCAAGCAAGGCCGCCAGCUCCAUGAUGUUAGGCCGCAGAGCGACCAGAGAUACGAUUCUGAAAAAAAUUGCGUCUCCAGCAAGGCAAGAGAUUAAAAGAAAGUUCCCCCGACCC